AUGGAGGAAGCGGCCUUUCACAACACAUACCCGCUUCACGCCGAAGCCUCAGUCGAGAUAGCCGAGCAUUAUUAUGCAACGCACAUCACCGGCGGUCGUUUCGGCAACUACAACUCAACACAAACCCACCAGCAAAUGGCCCUGCUCGAACGCCUCGCUUCAUCUCACUCGACCAUCAUCAGGGAAUUGAACCGGAAAUAUGGCAUCACCAAACAGGCCUACACCUAUGCCGACAAUGUCAUGGCUAUAACCCAAAAUCUCGGCAAGUUUUGGAGGGACGGCUCUCCGGUACCUUAUGUUUCGUCCAGCAGCAUUUCCAACUUGCGAAAAAUAGCCAAGAUCGUCAAAGACAACUUCGGUGCGAUAGAUUUUGCCCACUUUGUCGAAACACGCUGGGACCCAGUCGGCGAGAGCUCGGACUUGCUCACAGGUUUCUGCUUUCGAUUUUUUCACGACAUUGCCAGCGGCCUCGACAACUAUGCCGAGUCCCGUACCAGGAAAGCCUUGAAAAAGCUCAGGGCUUUUAUCGCAGCUCCGCCCUCAAUACACCUUCCCUCUCCUCCUCCCACUGACAUUGCGUCGUCGGCCUCCCCAAACUCUACCACACUGGCCGAAACGAAACAUCAGCCGCCUCCCUCGACUGUUCGAACUGCAAUUCCAACGUACAUCGGCGACAGCCACCCAACCAACCUCUUAGAUCACCAAAAGACAAUGCCGCCGCCCCCCUCCGCUCUCAACACAAACUUGUCAACCACCAGCCGCCCUUUAAACACCUUUGACUCGCCGCCCUGCACGCCGAGCCACAAUGCAAGCUUUUCAACGGAUAUCAGUCGCGGAUUCAGCGCUGGUAGCUUUUCAAGUGUGCGCUCGUGGGGUCGCAAUACAAGUUUUGCCACUACUGUGGCGGAUACCGACUGUUCCGACUUGCCCAACAGUCCACCGGAUCUAACAUCCACGCGGUUGCGCAACCUUGCGCUCGAACCAGGUACCUAG